CUAUCUAUUCUGGGCUACUGUGGUGUAUCUGCCUGAGUUAAAACACCCUGUCAAACGUUCCUUCCCACUUUCGUCAUCCCGCAUUCUUCAAGAAGUCCGAGCAACAGCCGACCCCUCCAAUCCCUGAUACUCCACCUUUUUUUGUUUGGGAGUCCCAAUUAAGUCUCACAGUGUUCCGCAGCGCUAUAUAUUCACACAUUUUCACAUUCAGCGCUCUAGCCGGGCAUUUCCAACUAGUUGACAAUCUCUGAACUCUCUUGAACGUGACCAUGGCGUCCGUGACGUCUCUCGAUCGGGACUUGCGCAAUAUGCGCUUGUCAAAGUAUACCCCGCAGGCCGCUAAUGAGGCCCGCGACUGGAUUGAAGAAUCACUUGGUGAGCGAUUGCCGGGGGGAGACUUGCUAGAGGCUUUGAAGAGUGGCGUCGCGCUGUGCAAGUUGGUUAAUCUUGCCGUGGGUCCACCGGGUAUCAAAUUCAAGGCAUCACCUAUGCCAUUCGUACAAAUGGAAAAUAUCUCGCACUUCUUACAUGCGUGCCAAGUUGCGCCACUCAGUUUGCCGCCCCAUGACGUCUUCCUCACUGUGGAUUUGUAUGAAGGCAAAGAUCCCGCACAGGUAUUGCAAUGCAUCGGUGCUUUCAGUAGGGCCGCGCAUAACCUUCGGCCGCAAGUGUUUAAGCGCAGUAUUGGUCCGAAAGGGAAGAAUCCGGCAAUGAGCCCGCAGGCAACUGGCUCCAGCACUGGUGAGGCCGGUAUUGCAGGGCUCAGAAAAGUAGGCCCAGGUAUUGGAUACUCGAGUCCUGGCUCCCAAAGGUCUCCGGCAAGAGCAAUGAGCCCCGCUUUGACGGGAGGUUCGAAUAUCUCAAAGACUUCGGCCGAUGGUGCCUCGUCUCCUCGUGGAGUGUCUACGUGGAGCAAGAAGAGCGACGAGUUCGUCACUAAUCCGGCAUGGAAUAUUCAUCAAUACGGAUACAUGGGGGGGGCUAGUCAGGGAAACCAGGGUGUUGCAUUUGGCGCACGACGUCAAAUCACUUCUCCUUCACCGGCUAUUCCGAGCCUUGCCGAAAAGCAACGAAAGCGAGAACAGGAAGAGCAACGACUGCGGAUGCAGGCAGAAGAGGCGGAACAUAAGCGACGGUUUGAGCGAGAAGCUGAGGAGGAAAGGGAACGGCUUGCUGAAGAGAAACAUUGGGAAGAGGAAACUGUGAAGCAGCGUGAACUUGAGAGACAACAGGUUGCAGAAGAGCAAGCACGGUGGCGGGAGGAGGAAGAACGGUGGAAGAAGGAUGAAGAGCGCCGAGUCAAAGAAGAAAGAGAAGUAGAACAGCGCCUCGAAAACGAGCGAGAACGGAAGAGGGCGGGGAGCGACGCGCGACUUCGGGGCCAGUUUCUCAGCGAGUACCAGGCCGAGCGAGGCGGUCGGGCAUCCCGAUCUGCCAGCUACGACAACCCUGAACUACGCGCGGAGCGCGAGCGGGUUCGAGAUUUGGAGCGGCAACUCGAAGAAGCGCGCGACCGAGAACGAGAAUACGAACACGAUCGACACAAGCAUCACCAUCAAGAGCAUCAGCGUCACAACCUCCAAGCGCACGACCUCUAUCUCCGCGAAAAGGAAGAAGCAGAGAGAGCUGCACACCCGGCCUCUCACCUGUCCGCCCAGAAAGACAGCGACGAGGCUUGGCGGGAAAGCGAGCGUGACUAUCUGCGCAGAGAAUGGAGCAGAGCGCAACAUGCUGACCCUGAACCUGCACCACCUGCACCUCCAGUCCAUCGUUCCGGCGCUCGUUCGCCGUCCUUUUACCAUCGCGACGAUGAACCCUUGCAGCGCCGCUCCCCCGUCCCUCCAGCUCGUCCCCUUCCCAACCCUGCGGCAACGUCGCCCCCUCCACCAUCACUACCUUCCCGCCCGCUUCCGGAUCCUGUUGCCUAUGCCGCAGCAAAUGCAAACCGCAACCCCGCCAACCCCGCCGACGCUUCUUCUGACACUACGCCCAGCUCCCACCCCGCAAACGUUGGACCAAACCGCACCGAACGCUUCCUUGCGUCCAACCCUGCGCCUGCCGCUCCCAAACCACAGUCGCAUUACCCCUCUGAAAUCGGAAUGACGUCGACCUCUGAACGCGAUGCCGAGGACGCCCGCCGUGUCGCGUCACAAAACAAAACCAAGGCUGGCGGAUGGGCUAGCAAAUCUCUCCUCGAGCGUGAAAUGGAGCGUGAGCGGGAACGACAGCGCGAGUGGGAAGCAAACCAGGCGGCGACUCAAGAAGCAGCGUCUAAAGGCCAGCGCGAGGAUGGCUCAGGCGCUGGACCCGGACAGUCCUGGGACGUCAAUCAGUAUGGCUUCUUGGGAGGAGAUAGCCAGAAUCGAGGUGCAGGCGGGAUCAACUUUGGUGGAAGAAGGCAGAUUAUUGGACCUAGGCCGCCCCGUUGAGUCUGUUAGUUUGAGUUUGUUGGUCUUAUUACCUAGGUUUCUUGGACCUUUGUAAGGCAUACGAAUAUUUAUCAGGCUUGUCGGAGUGAAUUUACGCUGCGUAUCUCUUUACUCUGCCGUUCUUAACUUCCACUUCUUCUUUGUUUUUUUGUUUUUU